ACUUGUGCAUCGGAUUAACAUAAUGCUUGUUUUACGCGGAUUAGUUAAAAUCCUGUGUUAUGAUGACAGUGUCUAUACAUUUCGGUAGCUAUGUGGUCCACAUAUUUCGUGUUUAUUAUGUUCGUAUAUUUCUGUUCGCUUUCAUGUACUGAAACAUCAAAACCAAAAUACAAAUUGAUAUCGGCACCUGUAGGUGACCGUGUUGUUUUGUCAUGUGGAAUCGGGGACAGUAAAUACCGUGUUUAUGAGUGGCUCGACAACAAAAAACCAAUGGAAUUUGCUACACAUAAUGUUACCAUGCACUCUAAUGGAAGUAUAGACUUUCGACUUCGAAUGGAAAAUGCAGAUAGAAUAUUUAGCUGUCGUUCGUACAAUUCUUAUCCGAACGGCACGAAUGACUCAUCUCUUAUUUUUGUGUACAACUUCGUACCAAUAGUUAAAGCAUUUCUUGCAGAGACAGUGCAUAAUGCUACUGUAGACUGGGGGUCUAUCUACAGAUUCCCGUGCAUUUUUGGAGGGACUGAUCCUAGAGAGAAUACAAUGAUACUCAAUAAUCAGAUUGUUGUUGAAAUGGAACAUAACAUUACCGAAGAUUCAAUUGUGGAGUGUAAAGUUCAGAAUUCCUUGGGUAUGGUGCAUGAUUUGGCCUACAUUACAGUUCGUCCUGAUUCUAAAGCUUGGGGAAUCAAACACGGAGUUUCAGAUCGACAUUCUUAUUGUCAGUCGUAUUCUACAAUUUUACCGAAAUCCUCCGUAUGUUAUCCAUUUAUAGAAAAUAUUGCUAAUGAAUACAAAGAACCUUAUUUAAUUUCACGAUCUCGUUUAUAUUCCAAUGAAAUCAGUAAUCAAGCUGUUAAAAAUCUGUUUACCAGCUGGGAUGAUUUAUUAUCAUCUUCAAUGCAUUUAUCUCAAUCUAAUAAUUAUCUCAGUGAUUCUUUUAAAAGUUCAAAUACAUCUUUUAUAAAAUCAAAUCAUGUUGUAGAUGCGAUAAGUUUAUCUAAUAGUAGUAGCGCUGCAUGGAGAUGUAUUAAUUUGGCUAAGCAUUUAACUUGUGCUACAUCUUAUCCUCGAUGUGAAAUUACUAACACUGAUAGAAAAUCAACAUCUGUAUUUGCCAAUUCAUAUAUUGAAUAUCCUGUUUGUUUGAAACACUGUCUCGCUGUUACAGGCCUAUUUUGCUUCUCCUCGUUAAAAAUCUUGAAUAAUUCAGCCUUGGAUAGACUUCUCGACAUUCAUCGGAAUGAAUCUUUAAUGAAUUCUGAUUUUGUAAAAACGGGUUGGUCAGAACUGAUCAAUGUGCCGGAAGCCAAAAAUCAAAGUCUUCCACUGAGUUUCUCCGAUCCAUUAGCCAGUGGGACAUCAAAUCCCUUUUACAUUUGUUCAUCAACUAAAAGUGAUAUUAUGUCUUUUGAACCGUCUAAAAAGUCUAUUUGCACUCGUUUACCUAUUGAUAACGAAAAUCCAACAAAUUCCAUUGAAGAAAGUAAGAAAACUCCUGAUGAACAAAAUGUUGACUGCAUCAACGGCAAAGGGGAAAAUUACAGAGGUUUAGCUACUAUGCCAGAAUGUAAACCAUGGACUAAGCUGUUUGUUCUCGAUGAUAAUAUUCAGAAUCUACAACCCGGUAUUUGGCCUGGUUUUUACAGUUUAAACAGUUUUACUUUCCCUAGAAGUUUAGGUCUUGAAGCCAGUUCGUCAGCCGUGUGUCGCAAUCCGUCUGGUUUGGCAUCAAGACCAUUCUGUUUAAGUCGAAAAGGCAACAAAGAAAAUUUUCCAGAUGUAUCUAUGAAGUCAAAGCCUAAUCACUUGGAAGAAUGGUAUUUAACUUCUUGUUAUCAAAUUCCUCAGUGUUCAGAGACCAGUAACAACAGUGAUUAUCAUCAUAACUGGACCAUUGGUGAUGUAUCGCUUAGUGGUCUAGAAACAACAGAAGCUCAGCUACAGACAAUUAUCGCUUGUUCAAUUGUUGGACUGGUUAUUUGUUUAAUAAUCAUCGGUUGUAUAAUUUGGCUCAUAAAUCGUUGUUCUAGAAAAAAUAUUGAAAAUUCGGAUAUACACUUUUCUCAAUUAGAUUUUGACAAGCCUCAAAUUACAGGAGAUGUAAAUAGUGUUAACGAAGAAAAUGAUGGAAAGAGACAAUUUUCUGAGCAUCUCUAUGAUUCUACAGAAAUUAACAAAGAAAAAUAUUUGGAGCGACGUAGAAAAUUAUUAACUCGUCGACGUAGACUUAGACAACUUAAUCCAUGUUCCAAAUGUAUUCUUGGAGCAUAUUAUCGUAUUGUUGACUUCACACAUUCAUCUCAUACAGCUAGUCAAUCUCAUUCAGUUUUUGCUGUUACACAAUAUACUGAAGAUAAAAACACGCCUUCAGCAUCUAAUCAAAAUGUUAUGACUAAUGUAUGCCAUGGUCGUUAUUUAUCAUCUUUUUGCCCAUGUUUCUGUUUAUCUAAUUUUCGCAAGAAAUCGAAACACGAUUCUCUCAAAAUGAUUCAAUUUGUACAUAGUUGUCCUGUAACUAAAAAUGAAUUGAUUGAUGAAGAGUUUGAGGCUAGUACAUUGGGAAUGCGAAUGGAUAAGUCAGUAGUUUAUGUGACCAAUGUGCCUACAAUUAUCUCACCUCCUAAAACAAUCGAUUCUUCACCAAAUACUUGUGUGAUCUGUGGAGUUGCUAGCAACCUUUUAUCAGAUACAUGUUCAUCUUGUCGUUGUUCUCAAAAUAAACAAACUGGUGUUCCGUCUGCAGUAACUACAGAUCAUCCUAUUAGUGGUAACCCUUGCUCAGAUAAUCACGUGUUGAUUGAUGACCAUGAGGUUGAUUCAGAGUUUUCUCCAACUACUCUUGGCUUGAUUGAAUCAUCCUAUUAUUCACUAUCAUCUGGGUCUGCUGAAUUAGGUUCUUCCAUAUUACCGGAAAAGUUAUUUAAUGUGGCCUCGAUGAAUCACUUGCUACAUCCAAAAUUUAAAUCACUGUGCUAUCCUCGCAAUCGUCUGGUUGAAAUAUGUUGUUUAGCUAAACGUGCAUUUGGUUGGAUCAUCUUAGUACAUGCUCCAAAUUUGAAUAAACUAGUCCAUAGAAGACGUUUGUUAAGUUUAACAACUUCAGAAAGACUGGGUCUUGUCUCUUCUAGUUCACAAGAAAAAGAAAAUACUAUUGACGUCCAGUCAUCUUCCGAUGAAUCAAAUAAUUGUAUUGCUGUACUGAAAAUGAUUCAAGGAGGUUCUAAUCUGAAGGCGGAAGCCAAUUUCCUUCGUGAAGCUGAAAUAUUGGUUGAAUUACAGCAUAGAAAUAUUAUACAAUUGUUAGGUGUUUGUAUUCCACUGGAACCACUUUCACUCCUUAUUGAAUAUAUGCCUUUUGGUGAUUUUUAUUCAUUUUUACGCCGAUACACCGGUGAAUCACCAGGAUACAGCGCAGUCAACGGGGAAAUAGUAAAUUCAUAUAGUCAAACCUUGUUACAGACUACAACGGUUCCUAAAAAGGAUUUCAUUAAUGAAUAUCCUACCAAUUUGAAUGUCAAAAUCCUCACUGAAAUGGUGAUUGAUGCUUGUGAAGCUAUGGUUUAUUUAAGCGAAUUGCAUUAUGUACAUAGGUGAGUCUACUCUCAUAUGAUGAUAAUUAGAAUUCAGUUAAGCGUUAAAUUACUUGUUAAAAGUUUAUCGAUUAUAAUUUGAAAGCUUCGUUAAUUAGACUACGAAACUAUUAUCACUGAAGAUAAAAUCUCAGCGUGAGCAAUACCGUAUGAUAUUUUGUUUCGUUGUCAUAAUAAGCUUCAUUUUUGACUCAGGAUUGCUAAAACUUUCAAUGUAGUAAAAUAACUGUUGGUGCUGUGCGGUGAAACUUAUCUUUACUUAAAAGGUGGUAACAUCUUCGUUCACCCAAGCCAUCGUUGAUAGAUAAACAUUCUACUUUAUUUUUUGUUAAUCAAUUAUAGUACAUGUUAUAUCGCAUUGUUAAUAUGAUAAUCACUUUAAACAAAACAAACGGAAAGUUUUACAUAAGAUUAAUCAUGAUUCUCAUAGAUUUCGUUUAAAAAAAUAUAAUAGAAGGUUCGUUUUUCCUUAUCAUUACCAUGUGUUCCUUUCGAUUUUUUCAUUUUAUACAAAUCUUGUCAAAUCAGAUAAUAAUUAGGUUCUAUAUAUCAAGUUUUUUAGAGUGAAUUUUACCUUAGAUCAGAGAAAAAAUGGUAUUCAUUACUCCUCAAAUUCCUUUGGGGUUAGUAUCACGUAAGUGCAUAUUUUAUUUUAUAAUUUAAGAUCUUGACGAUGAAUACUGGGAAAAAAAGUUAACAAAUACUUGUUAGUCUAUGAAAAGCUUGGAGACAGUUAACUUUGUAACUUUUUAAAAGAUUGUAAUGUUAACUAUCCGGUGAUAGAGUGUCUUUUCUAAAUCUACAUUCAUAUUGUUUUCCCAUUGAAUUCUAGUAUGUUGUGCUAUCUAUCACAUGUGUGCAAUGUGAAUGAUUUUAUUAUGAGGUAUAAUAAUAGUAUACAGCUGUUUUACCCCUGAUAUAUAUACUCUGUUAUUCACCAAUUCGCCACAGUUGUUCUGAUGGUUUGGUUAUCUCAACCAGACUUUUAAGUCUCAGACUUAACCCUUGGCACGAUCACGGAUGCACACUCCUGAAGAAUCCCAUACUAGGAUGAAGCAGUUGUCUAGCACUUCCUGGUUUGUAGUAAUUAUAUAAAUGAGAUCAGUCUGUAACGAAUACAAUCUACAGACUACAAGUAAUUAAGUAAUGAUACUUAAUAAAUGACCAAUUUCACAAAAAGAGAUUUGAUUGGUAAUCAGUGGAAAAAGUGUGAACUUUUGUAAAAUAUAAACUGGUCACAUUUUUUGUCGAGGUCAUUGAGAUGAACGUUUGACUGGAAUAAAACCAUUAGUUCGUAAAACAUCAACAACAAAAAAGUGAGAGAUACAAAAUAAUAGGAUGAAUUGUUACGUAAAUGUAACUGAAGGAAUUUGUGUAUAACAAAGGUCAAAACCUAGACAGAUAUUUUGGAUGAAUAAAAUUACUGAUUUGUCUAAUCUAUAAUUUUAAAUAAAAAUGUUCCUUUAGAUGGUUUGUGGACAACUAAUUGGUUUAAAGGUAAAUGCUGUUAUAAUCGAAUAUAACUAGUUACAUAUAAAUUACAACUCUGCUAAAGUAGUAACAUACGACAAUAAAUAAGGAAAUAAUAACAGAUAUGAAACAGUACGAUAUGCAAGAAUUAGGAAUGCUGCUAAAUGACUUCAUUUAUGCUAUUGGUCUUAAACAACGUUGAACCUGUAAAGUAUACAUGCAUUAGUUCAAGUUACCAUACAAAAGCUGCGUAGCAGGAUAAAAUUAUUAAUAGUAAAGCUAGUAACAGUAUCAAUGGUAAUAGAGAACAUUGGGCAUUGACAACAUAACUUGAGAAGGAAGAUUGGAUUUGCGGAAAUAAAAAGUGCAAAAAUGUUUUUUUAAAGUUUAAAAUCUAAAGGGAGAUACAGAGUGGAUGAAUCUGCGUCAUUCAGAUAGGUUAUGAGGUAUACCGUUCAAUAUUUCCAACCGCUGCUCUCGAGAACCUGAAACAGCUAGGCAGCACCUACCUGCACGACAUAGUCCAACAACUAAUAACUUCAUGACCUGAUACCACUCGUUGGCUUCCUCUCAACGUACACCAGCUAACAUUGCGUGCCGCGGUAGGUAGUGGUUCGGCUUGCGUAAUCAAUUUCCAAAU